AUGAAUCUCCUGCCGAAAACACAUGAAGAAUUCAGUCAUGCAGAAUACUGGAACACGUUUUUCAAAAAACGUGGUAAAAAAGCUUUUGAAUGGUACGGUGAAUAUCCAGAAUUGUGUGAGAUAUUUUUAAAGUAUAUCAAGAUCAAAGAUGACAUUUUAAUUGUUGGUUGUGGAAAUUCUACCCUAAGUAUGUCACUGUACGAUGUUGGAUACAGAAAUAUCAUUAAUAUCGAUAUAUCACACAUUGUCAUUAAACAAAUGCAAGAUAUUAAUAAUGGCACAAGAUCAGACUUGUUGUAUGAAUACAUGGAUGCCACUGAAAUGACAUAUCCUAAUGAGAAAUUCAGUGUAGUUCUGGACAAGGGAACACUGGAUGCUUUAAUGCCAGAUACCAAGGAGGUCACAAUAUCAACAGUGGACAAAUACUUUAAAGAAAUCACACGAGUAUUGCGCAAUGGUGGCAGGUACAUUUGCAUAUCGUUGCUGCAGGAGCACAUUCUUCGGAAAGUCUUGUCUUAUUUCCCUACUUCAGGUUUCAUGUUUCGUAUAUCACGAUGUCACAAGGCAGAAUCAAAGGCACGAAUGGAAGAAGGCAGUUCAGUCCCAGUUUUUGUGAUCAUUGCCACGAAAUUCACCAAACUACCACAGACUGUUCUCGAGAUGGCGUUGGUUGAUGGCCCACCUGAACGAUUGUCUUCCACAGACGACGUAGUCUCUGCCGUAUUGUCCGCGCAACAGUCUGCCUUGGUGUGCAACAGUCUUCAUAAGAGAAGCAUCGCCGACGUGGGCGAGAUUUCGUUGGAUCUGUAUCGACCAGGCGACAAGCAUCCACGCUACACUGUCUACGUUCUCGAUCAACCGCGUGCACGCGAUGCAAAAACGUAUGCAGCUUUCAUAGUCCCACAAGGAAAGGAGAUGGACUGGUUGUUUAGUACGAAAGAGGGACGACAGCAGGUUUUGAAGAGCGUACAGCGAGACAGGCUCGCGAUCAUCACCUUACGCAGAGAACACAAAUUCGAGAGUUGGGACAGCAUGAAAGCCGAGCUGGAGGAUUGCGUUCGCAAUCUAGCACCGGCUGGUCUAUGCGGCAAAAACGAUAUUCCCUUCCUGGCCUUGGGAUCCGACGUUGGAGUUCGAACCACUUGUUACGAAGGAAAAAGCAACAUUAGCGGGCCGUUUGUUGUCGAAGAAGUGGAGAAAAGCGGUCAUGAGUUCAGGCGGCUUGUAUUCUUGAAUAAUCCGUACGUCAUCCAGAGCGAAGCUAGAUUAAAGGAAGUGAAAUCCAGACGUGGCAAAAAGAAGAAGAUCGCUGAUCCUGGAUUUUUAGCUUGUGAGCAUCACGUAUACAUGAGUGCCGGUGUGAACGCAGUGAUAGAUACUAAAGAGCCGGAUGAGAUCAUGAUUAUAGGACUCGGAGGUGGUGGACUUUGUAUGUUUUUGCAUCACUGUUUUCCCAAAUUAAAAAUUACCGCGAUUGAAAUCGACAAUGCGAUGUUGAAAGUGGCCACUGAGUAUUUCAACCUUACUCUCGACGACAGGAUGAAAGUGGAGAUCGCGGAUGGAAUCCAGUUUAUCAAAGACGCCGCGACAUGUGAGAAAAAGUACAAAGCUAUACUCUUCGACAUCGACAGUAAAGAUACCACAAUUGGAAUGAGUUGUCCACCCAAGCAGUUUCUGGAGAUGUCAGUGCUGAAAGCCGUCGCAGCCUGCUUGACGGAAAAUGGUAUUUUCAUCUUGAAUCUAGUCAGUAGAGACAAGAGCUUAAAACAGAAAGCGAAGGACGAUUUGAAGUCGGUGUUCCAAUCUAUCGCUUGUUACGCUAUUCACGACGAAGUAAACGAAAUUGUCAUGUGCUUCGUGGAAAAAAAUGACUCAAAAGAAUGGAGGAAUAUAUUGAAACACGCCGUUAUCGGCUUGAACGAGCAAGCGGCUGCGAGAAAAUUGACCUCCUUCGGAGAAGCAUCCGACUUCUCCUCGCUUUUAAAAAGUCUGUCUAUGGAGUCUUGAUCGUUAUGUACAAACUCGUUUCUUGUAAUAAAUAAUUAAAAUAAUUAAAAUUAUAAAUGUAA